AUGCGACCAAAGUUACCUUUCCGAAAGCCUAGAUCUCGCGCCAAAGCUGGCCCGGCUUUUGUUUUCGUCGAUGCCGCCGAGGGGCUUGCGGGUGGGCCACGGGAUGAAGAAGCGAGGAUUUUAAUCAGACGGCAGGCUGCACGAUCAGGUCGCAAACACCAACGGACGCAGAGCGCAAGGCAGUCCCCCUCAAGUAUUUCGGGAGAGGGACCAUUGCUAGUUACCGACGGAUGUCUCAUUGAACCAGAUGAAGUUGACAGCGUCGAUCACUCCAUUGCCCCGCAGCCCUCAUUUACGGGCUAUGAGGCACUGAGAGCAACUUACAACUUUGACAUUACCUAUCUGGCGAGCUUUACUGACGUGGACCUUGGGAAAGCAGCUGCACUCCCUCUACAAAGCCAACCAAGCCUCCUCUCCAGCCUUCUGCAGCAACGAUCAACAUCCUUUCUCAGCUAUCUCCCUAGCCGGUAUGGCUCGAGCCGUUGCCUCGAUGAUGCUAUACACUGCGUCGCCGCAAGAGCCGGUCAGAUGUUCGGUUACUCGACGAGAGCCGCAACAAUAUCAAAACUGUACGGCAAAGCUUUAAGAAGCCUACAGCAUGCCCUCAGUGAUUCGGAGUUGUGCAUGGGUGUCGAUGUUUACUGUGCGACGCGGCUGUUGACACUAUACGAGUUCAUCAGCCCUCCUGAAGAGAAUCACUGGGUUCUUCACAACCGGGGUGGAAUUAAGCUGCUUGAGUUGAGAGGACCUGAGAACCACAAAACGAAAUUUGACUGGAUGCUUCUCAAAAGUGUUGCGCCCUCUAUUCUGUUAGACGAGAUGUACAGAUUACGAAGCGUGGGCAUCUUCGAAGCACCGUCGUGGCAGGAUCUUUUUGCAUAUGCAUCCGAAAGCGAAAUGGAUCGCGACUCAAGUCUCUGGUGGGAGUUCUUCAGACUAACCUGCCACGUUACAGGUGUUGUAUCUAAUAUGCGAGACACGUUUACGACGUCAACAGACCCAUCCGAGUACUGUGAACGGACCUCAAAGAUCCUUGAAAGAGCAAGAUGGGUGCGUCAAAUGCUUCACGAUGGCCACGUCCGCUACCAAACUCGGGAACCCUACCCAUCCUCUCUUUUCGAUCUCCCUUCUACGCCCGAGUCACCCGACCGCAUCAGACUCCGCGGGUUCUACUUUCAUCCGCGCAUGCAAAUAUGCAGGGUUAUUACAACACUCUCGCCAGACGAGAUGGAGCGCGCCUCUGCGGAAGUGGAGGCGCAGACUCUAGCUGCGCAGGCACUCCUGAUCCAACAGGCGACUGUCAAGCUGGACCCAGCUAUGUCGUGGUACUUUGAGCAGAAGAACCCGUUUGCGCAUUCUAUUAUACGCACGAGAGAGAAGUGGGUUUCGCAGAGCGAGCUCCCGUGGGGUGAGCUGCGUGAUGUGUUGGCGCAGCGGUGGUUGAAGUGGCAUUAUUCUUGGAGGGGAUCGCAUCUUUCGCAGUCAUUGGAGGAGAAGUCUAGUUAA